AUGGCAGCCGCUGCUGCAAUACUUCGAGGCUCAAUCAUAGCACCGUUUACUAACGAGUUGUCCCAAUCAGUCCAAAUGGAAUCAGAAGCCCAGUUUGAUCCCACGGCACUAGGAUUGAAAGAAAUAGGAAACUUAGCUAGUUGGACAGUAAGCAGUUGCAAACCCGGUUGCGGCGUUGACGCCCUCCGAAAUGAAGACACGAAUCUAUUCUGGCAGUAUGUUCUCAACCCCUUCCCAUACCAGAUAACUAAAAAGAAAGAAUAUUGCACUAACAGAACUACAGAUCCGACGGUCCCCAGCCCCACCACCUAAAUAUCCACUUCUCCCGCAUGGUCUCAAUAGCCUCCAUACGUCUCUAUCUUGACUUCAAAGACGACGAAUCCUAUACCCCCACAAAAAUCACCCUCCUCGCAGGAACAGGCUACCACGAUCUCCUCCCCUUCUCAAGUCUCGAGUUCGAGAAACCGAGCGGUUGGAUCGAUGUACCACUAGAUCAUGUGGGUGGUGGGGCGGAUGGGAAGACACUAAGGGCUUUCUUGGUACAGGUCAAGAUCGUGGAGAACCAUCAGAAUGGGAAGGAUACGCAUGUUAGGGGCUUAAAGGUCUUUGCUCGCGAUGACAGAGUGAGGUUGGAAGGGGGACUUGGGGAGGUGGUCAGGAAGAGGGAGAAAGAAACAGAGAAAGCUAGGGAAGAUGUGGGGAAGGGGGAGAGGGGGUGGCUUGUCGAGCCGGAUUGGAUGGGGGAGCCGGAGUUGAGGUGA